GCGUGCGUGUGUGAGUGCGCUUACCUCGAGCUUUAAUAUCAGUCAACUCGAGCUCACUGCAAAAAAGUAAAAGCAGCCAGAGAUCGAGGCACGCGUCAAAGCCGGGCUCCUUGCACUCCUUGCACGCGCUGCGCCACGGAACCCCGCAAAACUUAUAUGCGCGCGUUUUGCGGUAGCGGACUGCUCGGACAUGGUCGAUUAAAAACAAACGCGAAGUAUAUCGGUGAUUAUUGGUGAUUACUUGUGAAGAUGGACCCGCUAUUCACUUACACCGACUCACCGGGGAACUGGAGCGCGGAGAAUAACGGCACUGACCCGCACUACUGGAACCAGUUCACGCAGCCCGCGUGGCGCAUCGCGCUCUGGGCGCUCGCCUACAGCUUCAUCGUGCUGGUGGCGGUGGUGGGCAACGUGACGGUCAUAUGGAUCAUCGUGGCGCACAAGCGGAUGCGCACCGUCACCAACUACUUCUUGGUGAACCUGGCGUUCGCUGAAGCGUCCAUGUCCGCCUUUAACACCGUGGUGAACUUCGUGUACGCGUCGCACAAUGAGUGGUACUUUGGUUUGGGCUACUGCCGCUUCCACAACUUCUUCCCCAUCGCCGCUGUGUUCGCCAGCAUUUGCUCCAUGACCGCCAUCGCCGUGGACAGGUACAUGGCCAUCAUCCACCCACUGAAGCAGCGGCUCUCAUCCACGCAGACCAAAGUGAUCAUUGGUGUGAUCUGGGUGCUUGCUUUCCUCCUCGCAUUCCCGCAGUACUACUACUCUGACGUGGUCAAGCUGCCCGGUCGCGUCGUCUGCUAUAUUGACUGGCCAGAAUACACCCUCAUGGACUUCAAGAAAAUUUAUUACGUGUGUGUGGCUGUGCUGACCUACUUUCUGCCUCUGUUGGCGAUGGGUUGUGCUUAUCUGGUGGUGGGUCUGAACCUGUGGGCCAGCGAGAUUCCUGGAGACUCCUCCGGUCGCUACCAGGAGCAGCUCACUGCUAAACGCAAGGUGGUAAAGAUGAUGAUCGUGGUCGUGUGUGCCUUUGCUGUCUGCUGGCUGCCGUACCACGUCUACUUUCUCCUUCAUCAGUAUUUCCCUUUGCUCUUUGAGAAGCCCUUCAUCCAGCAGGUCUACUUGGCCAUCAUGUGGCUUGCCAUGAGCUACACCAUGUACAACCCCAUCAUCUAUUGCUGCCUAAAUGACAGAUUUCGAGCUGGCUUUAAACAGGUGUUCCGCUGGUGCCCAUGUAUUCAUGCUGACUCCUACGAAGGCUUGGAGCUCAAGUCCACACGCUACCUGCAGACACAAACAAGUGUUUACAAGACAAGCCGGGCGGAGCCGACAGUGCCGGUUGUCAACAGUCCGUCACUAGAGCUUGCAUCCAACGGCUCAUCAUCUCGUAGCAUGUCCAAGACGGUGUCCGAGACUUCCAGUUUCUACUGCGGCAAUUACUUACCUGCAUAGAAGCUCUUACGAUCAACAAAGAAACGUGGCGAAGAACUGGUGUAAUGGUACAAAAAAAAACAAGAUGGGUAAACGUUAUCUGCGUCUAAAUAUUCUGUAUAAUCAUUGUGACAGACAAUUCUAAGCAGUCGUGUUGGGUGCAGAUAACAAAGGAACAAAUGUCUGCUAUAAACCAAACUGAUUAAGAAUUAUGAUAAAUGAAUCAUAUCAGUUUUUUCUAUCACUCUGUGUGGGCACACCAUAUAAGCAACGAGUGAAAGAAUCCAAAGUUCAUUAUGGACAAUGCCCUUAAUGAGCAUUUCAUCUGGUGUUAUCAGUAGUACAGACAGUAAUAAACACUCUGCUCACUCAUGGCUUAGAUGGGAUGUUGAAAUCUGAUCCAUUUGUCAGACACUGAUGGAGUUAUGAUCAAGCCCUUGAACCACUUGAUUGAUCUGCCAGCUGAAACAAUGUAAAUAAUAACUCUGUAUAAUCUUUAUUUCUAGGUAGUAUUGGUGUAGAUGGCAAAGAAACAUUAUGAAAAACCUGUUGAAGAAGCUAAACAUGUCAACCACUUGACUUUUGGAGAGCUGGGUGUUUUUUCCAUCCAAAAAAAAUGCUCGGUUCAAUCAUCUGUAUAUGGCAUUAUAAUCUCUGUAACAGACCACUUUAUGGAAAUGUUUUGUGUCUGUGUAAGUGCCUCAUAACUUCUUUCACAGUGUCUAUCAUGUGGUGAAGAUAGACUAUGCUCUUUUUAUUUUGUUUCUUUUUUCUAUCUUCUGGCCACCUUUUUUUAUCAAAGUUCAUCUUUAAAAUGACUGACCACAUGAGUCCCUUGAGGUACAUGACCAGAGACAUUGAUGGAUAUAAGGACAGCAUCAGCGAGGCUUUGCAGACAGAUGUGGUCUGGCAUACGAGACCUGGCUACAGUGUAUUAAUGUUUACACUUUACUAGUAUGUAAUAUUGCAGAUUAUGUAGCAUAUAUAAUGCCUACAUAUAUAUACAGCUUCCCCUGUCUGUGUUUAUGUCUCUGUAUGUCUGUGUGGAUGUGUUUCUUUUUGUUUAGAAGGGAUGAGAGUCUCAGUCUCUCAAUGAGCUUGGUUUGAAAUCCACAUGAAGUACAUUUCUGUUCAAAUAAUUAGCAGAGAUUAAGCACAUUUCCAAACAGACAAUAUACAAUCUAUGACCAGUAGUCUAAGGACCUUGGAGUAAAAAGGCUCCUGGGCAUGGUACAGCAUCAAGCAGGGGCGGGUAAAUCCAUGACAGUCACUUUAUGGGAUGAAAAAGCCUCAAAAAUAGUGUCUAAACUGCCUCUUGGCACAGACAUAAUGCAGAACAGAGAAAGGAAGAAUAUUCAAUAGCAUUUAUAGCUGUGCCCGGAAAUCCAAAUCAGUGGCAGCCAGGAUUCCACUGCCAAAAUACAAUCAUGGGUUUGUCCGGUUCUCAAAUACUGGUAGCUGUGACCCCAUGUGGCCUUGGCUUUGCUUUUUUUGAUUUAAAUGUAAAUUUGUCACUUCAUUGUGGGGCAAAUUGUAAUGGGAACGGUUAUUUGUCUCUAUCUGUGUACCUCUGUUUGGCUGUUAAUUGCCAUUGCCCUCCCCCUACCAAACACUUGCCUGUUCUCAGCUUAAGCGGUCACGCACAAAAUUAACUCUGGAGUCGGGCCUUGAAGUUUUAAUUUUAGCCUCCCGUAAACACAUGGUGCAGAAAUCUGACAGAAGAGAUGGAGGAAUGGAAGGGAUUUGCGGGUGCUGUUGUGGAGGACUGACAGAGGACCGCUAGUUUUGGAGGAGGGGUAGCACACCUGUUGUUUGAGAUUAUGGAGUGUGGUAUGUGACAGUGGUAUCGGUUUUCAAGGAAGGAGGAGGACAUAGCGUGUACUAAGGGAUCAGGGUGUUCUGGUACUCUGAAUAGUGCUCGUGCAGAAUUUACGAGUGAUUGUGGAUCUUGUGGAGGUGUGGAGAAGGUGGCUUGAGUUCUGCUUUGCUUUGCUCCAGACAGUCUGCUCCUCUACUGAAGACUUGACUUGUUUUGGAGUUGGUGAUAUUAAGGAGGUGGUGGAUGCAGAAACUGCAUCCACCACCUAGUGGAGAGAUGGGAAUCAUAGAAUAUUAGGAUAAAGUUGAAGCUCCUGAAACGGUCUUUCUCCCAAACUUUAAUUCCAUUAAUAGCUCUAAUUUCAUAUUAGGAAUCAAGGCAUUGUUUUGUUGAGGUUCAUUACAUAUAAUCCCAAUGAUGUUGAAUUCAGUUCCAGUGAGGUGAAUAAUCAUGCAGUGUACUUUCAAUAUCUUGAGGUUUGUUGGUCUUUGUGUUGAGUGUUUACUGCAGGUGGAUUUUUAUUGUUUAAAUGUAUUUCCCAUAAAGCUGUGGGAUUUGGGGGAACAUAGGCAGCAGUCACUGGUUUCCAGUUGGUGCUGUGGUAAUGGACUUUGUCCUUUUCCUAGAGUAGAGCCUAAACUGCCUGUAGACAGCUACUGUCGAGGUGUCUGAUCAAGUUUAGCUGUUUUUCCAUAAUUCUCUUUAUAGCUUGUUGAGAUUAAAUAAAAAACAGCACAGACUCUCAUUUGUCCUCGAUGUUCUGCCUUUUAAUCUUCUGAUCUUCAGACUGUUUAAGUGAUUAAAAAUUAAUAUGGAGAAUUUCCACAGCAUUAAAUAGAACUAUGUAGUAUAAUAAAACACUUUGGGAAGAGUUUAUAAAUCAAAUGCUUUGAAGUCUCCAUCAAUAAAUAUAUCAAUGCUUUUUUUUUGGGAAUACAUAAAACAAGCAGGGAAAAUAAGCACUAGUUUAAGUGUUUCAGGAAGAGGUAGGAAAGUCAGUGACUCAGCUGUUCAGACAUCUAGCAGAAGUUUAUUCUAAAACCUCAGUGUCAGAACAAAAAAUAGUCUUGAUGUAUACCUACCACUUACACUGAGCGAUGUUGGGACCUGUCGAGCAUCAUAGCAUCAAAACUGCAUCAUAUCUUACCAACUAUGAUGUCAUAGUAUUGCAUCACAAUCUUAGCUAGCUUGUGUUUAUUAAACCAUAAUAAACCUUUCCUAGUAGCUAUAAUCUUGUUAUUUGUAAUAUAAAGUAACUUAAUGACAUCUUUUCCUCAUAAACAAUAUAUAAUUUUUCAUUCAUUUCCAUUCAAGUACAAAUGAACGUAACCCCCCUGCUGAUAUUAUAGAUGUAGGCGAGGCAGCAGCAUUGCGCCAUGAUGCCUUUUCAGAAUACUGAAAAGCUGUAGAAGGCUGCAUGUAGAGUCUCUGUUAGAAUCUGCUCGAUGGGACAUAAAACCCUCAUCAUGCCUCAUGUGUCUCAACACGGCAGAGCAACAACACCUGCUGAGAGAAGUGGACAUGCUGUAAAAAGCCUCUGCUGACUGAGAACCGUGUGUUGCCUGUCCAUCAUCUCAUCGACAUGCUGGCGUUCGUAGUUUCAGCAAAGAAAAGUCUCCUAGGUUUAUAUCAAUUGGGAGUGUAUCCAAGAAAAGAAAAGCCUUCCAAAUAUGAAAAAUCCCAAAUGGGAAGCAGUCACGUGCUUGGCAAUUGACUUGUUUGUUAAGCAAACAGCAUUAAACAACUUCCAUUAGCACGUAGUAAUUUCUCUUCUGGUAUUUUUCCAUCUUCACAUAUCAGACCACCUGCUGCAAUUGUGUCUCUCCAAAAUUAUUCAGCCUUUCCCCGCACCCUCAUGACGACUGGCAGCAUUGUUCUUAGUUGUAGUGUGAAGAAAUAAUCACCAGCUUCGGAUUAAUAUGAAACCUCUCAAACCCCUGAGGCUUCAAACGCCGACCUGCCAGACUUUCUUGCCAUGCUGAAAUCUUCAAGAGAAAAUCAUCAACAUGAGCAUGGAUCGUAUACAACUGGUGUCCAGGGUCCAGUACUACGGAGAGAAUGGUAUACAGUGAUUUGUGGAAGAAUUUUCAAUCAGCCAUUGCUGAUAAAAGUGUAAAAUCGUUGUGCUUGAAUAUCUCUAGCACUCAGUGUAGGUGAUAUUGACUGAAAAACUGCAGAGCUGUUAAAGCAGUUACAGCCUCAGAGACUUUAUGCCCCUUAGUUCCAGAGGAAAGCAACAAUAAAACGUCUAUCGAUUCCCACACUGUCGGCUCUAAGAUAUCAUUGUUUUGAGAUUAUCCACUUCUGAUGAUUUGACAGCAUGGUUUUUUUUGCUUGACCUUGAUAAUUACAGCAGGUUUAUUAGGUUGGUGGCCUUGUGGCCUAGGAAGCGCUAGCUGGUGGGUGGUACAUUUUGCAAAUUGAAAAUGUCCACAUUUGGAGAAAAUGGUGCUUAAAAAAAUGUACAUUGGACAUCUUUCCAUCUUUCUUUCUUUCUUUUGCCUUUAUGGUUAUUCUAUUUAUAGGCUUCUAUAAGAAUUUUAAGUAGAUAUACUGCCUUUUUUUAGGUUCUCCCAUCUAGUUGUUUGCAGGGGUCAUGUGUUUGCAUCAGAAUUUCAUUUAAAUUUAAGUAAUUCUCAAAGCUAACGGCUAACUAAUUGACUGUCAUCCCCUGGUACGAACAGAGCCAGCACGCAAAGUUGGAAAGCUGUGAGUUACUCACUGAGAUGUCCCGCUGUUUAAGAAUAACCCAAAUGAUUGAGGUGGGGAAGUUGCAGGCAACAACAUGAAGAGAUGUUUAAGGGUUUUUUGUCUAUUUUUUUCUUUUAUCUUUCUUGCUAGUGACCAAAUUGCUUUGUGUGACAAAUAACCGUGUUUACACAGAAAGUCCCUUCUAGCCAUCAGACAGACCUUUAAUGAAAUCUCAGCACACACACGCAUACACACACACACACACACACACAAACAUCUAGCCUUCGCCGCUACAGAUCAGGAUGUAAAGCGCAUAGUCUAUACACAGCAGCUCCUUGGCUGCUCUCAGACAGGAUCUGAAGUGUUUUAGAAGAUGAGAGGACAAGUUAGAAAGUGAAGGAUGACUUUUUGUGCAUCUGAAGGAG